ACUGCGCAGGAAACGAACCUUCCUCUCCCUAGUGCUUUCAAAAAUUCUGCUUACUCAGAAGUUCGGCCAAUGUUGUGAAAUCAGAACUGCUUGGGCAAAGAAGAAAACAUGGAGGUGGCAGGGAAAGUUUUGGGAGCUGUUUCUACAGCCUUAACUCAAUUGGGACGCAUCAAUGAUACAAUGAGUGUAUCAGAAUUAGUCAAUUCUUUGGGAGUAGUUCUAACAUCCGUCAAUGAUCUUCGCACGAUUGCGAAUUCAACAGGACUGACUUUAGAUGUUGUUAACAAGACUAUCAUUGAAGUUUACUUGUGUGUCAAUUCAACAUUGGGAACGAAGAAGGAAGCGCAAGUCAUAAAUUGCUUUGUUCCACCAACUACUGCGCCCACCACAGCAGCUAAAGAUCCUUGUGUCGCUUUGGAAAAGGACUUAAAUGCAUUGCUACUGGUUGUUCUGUUCCUUAUAUCGGUUGUAUUUGUUUUUGUGAUGUCAUUUGUGGAAAAGAGAAAGUAUAAAACAAAAUGUUGUUAUGGUCGACCUGGUGCUGUUGUGCCUCUGAACAUGUUGGAUAGCUAUGAAAAUCGAUUUGGCAAUGCUUUAGUAUUUGGUGCAACAACCUCAUAUUGCCUUUCGGUCUUAUUUGAUAAUGUGGAUUCUAUUCUUGGCUCUAAUUGGGCUCCAGUAGUUGCUGCUGCUCCAGGUUAUGUUGGAGUUCUUUUCAAGAUCAUGGCUACUGUAGUUAUAGCAAUGUCUGCAUACCCAUUAUUUGUCUGCAUGCGAACAAAUCAUAAAACAGUUGGUUCAGCAUUUGGAAUUUUCUAUGCACUUGUUUGGAUUGGACUGCUGCUUUAUAAAGUAAUUGUCUACUCGCGGGCCUGCUUUUUAGAGCAACACCUUGGUUCUGGUUCUGCGAGAACAAUUGCAAUGGAAGUUCUUACAUCCCUACCACAGUUUGUUUGCCUUGUUCUGCUGUUAGUGAAGUUCACUAUUAUGUUGAUCAAAGCCAUCCGCAAAAGAAUCGGGAGAUGGGAUGCAGCAGCUGAGGAUAUUCAUGAUGAUUUCAGGGAGAAUUACAUGUACCAUCAUGUGUUAAAUUUGCUGAAACGUGUUGAAAGCUCUGGUAAAGUUGCAGAAGUAGAAACUCUGAAAUCAAAGCUCCGAAAGAAAAUUUAUCAAUGGAAACCAGAGUUCAGGUACUCCACGAGAGUGUUGUCUGCCUUCAUGGUUUCUGGAAUAACGGUUUACAUUUUGACUGUCCUCUGGAUUUGGCUUGUGUGGUUUUAUUUGGAUUUUCUUCUUGAUGGGCUUGUAAAAUCAAAAGAUUUCGAAACCUUUGUCAAAGCGUAUUUGAACCUCGAUGUAAGCUUUGUUGGGAAAAUUCGAAGUCAUAUAAAGAUUUGGAUCGGUUGUUUCUACGCGGCAAUCAUUUUGACAGCGAUCAAAACAACUUUACUUUUCUUGAAUAUGUUAGCAUGGUACAGAGGGCACAUCAUGAGGUUGAGGCGUGGCGAUCGCUCUUGGUUGCCUACAUCAAUCAGAACGCUGAAUGCUUCACCUUCCAGUCUUCUUGCUGCAAGUAUGAAAUAUGCUGGAUUCCAAGUCGCCUAUGCUGCCUGGGGUUUUAUCUUGUUUGGAAUUGUGAUGUGGCUAGCCCUAGGCAUUGUCAUGUCGUUCAUACUGUAUCCUCUGUUUACUGGACAAUCUUCCAUAAUGUUUCCUCUCCUUCAAUCGGCAUGGCCAGCACUUGUUAUAUCACUAGUCGUUGCUUUCUCGCAACGCCUCGCAGCGAUGUUUUUCUUCCUUCAACAACGAGGAAAAAUCAUUUCUAUUGACAACAGAAAUGCUUUUCACAUUAUGUCCUUCUUCAUGUUCUACUUCAACAUAUUCCUUGGACUGUUUUCCUGUUUACUGCGACUCAUAAAAGGAAUGGUAGUUGGUCUUUUGUUCAUUGAACGUGUUCAGAAAAGUGUUCUACCAAGAGCAUUUGAAAAAAUGGACCCCGGUUACUUUGCAUAUAUUGGUUACAUUCUGAUUGAGCAUUCACAUGCGAAUCCAGUCCUUUGUGUGUUUUUUUCCUUGCUGAAUGACCAUGUUAAACAGAGCCACAAAGCUGUCAUUGCGUCACAACUGAGAUUUAUGGAGAAUGUUUCCAAUGACGAAAUUGAAUUAAAAGAAGCGAAUAAUGGUGAUGCAAAAGGAAAAUACCUGCAGAAGGAGUCGGAGAAUAGAUGGAGAAUCGUUCGAAAUCGAUGGAAUUUGGCCUAUUCUCUGAUCAACAAUCCAUCAUUGCAAAAAUACCGUAAAGGAAGAGAAGAGAAGAACGAAGAGGUGGAGGAAGAAGAACCUUCAGACUGCGACAAAGAAAGCUUGAAAGAAAAGAUGUCAUUAACUCCAAUAAUCGCAGUCUGAAUUGUUAGUCCAAGGUAAUGUCUGCAAUCAUUACUGCAAGCCUGUACAAAGUGGCAAAGAUUCCAAAAGCUUUGGAGAAAGAAAUUUAUUUUUAUUUGCAGCAUUGAUCUCCAAGAUUUGAAUGUCUAAAAGUUUUAAAGUUUGCAAUGAAAUGUAGCAUAAUUCUUAGCAAAAGUAAAGUGUCUAAUGCACUUUAUAACUUCGUUAGUAGAAGUAUUAGAAUGAGUAAUCUUAUCACGCCAACUAUGAACUUUGAGAUAACUGUAAAGAAAUGGUUAACGGUGGUAUUUUAGCUUGUUAAGCGAAACCACUUUGCUCUUGUUACGACUUAUUUUCGUUGCGACUGUACCACCAUGGAUAGAGAAACAAGCUCGAAAAGAAGGUCGAAAGAAGCUGCAACCUUUGAGCACCCCUUAGACUCAAUGAGAAUGCUAUUCUCCAACAGAAAAUUACUUUAUAUCCUGAAUCAUUAUAUAAAGACGAUUACACAUUGAUCGGAGAGCGUAAUCAUGAAUCAAUUAGUUUAUUAACAUCCAGUACUACUUUAUCAUCUCCCAAUGGCUUGGAAACAUUCCCUCAUUGUUAGCCAAGAUCCAAUUUCCCAUUCAUUCAGAUUCAAAGAGAAUUGUUCCUAGAAAAUGAGGGUAAAACUUGUGAAAAGGUGCGACGUUUUUGAAUUAGAAGUAAAAUCUGUCUUUGUUUCAUGGUUACACUUAUUUCGCGUGAUAUGUUGGGACUAAUUACACCACUAGACAUUAUUUUAUGUGACUCCCAUCUAUUUUUAUGUAUAUAUUGGCAAUAUCGUUUUAUCUAAUUUUCAACAUGCACUGUAGUAAUGUAUUUAAUUGUAAACGAGAUACACUGCACAAUGUUUAUUUUUUAACGCACAAAACUUCUAUAUUCCAAAUUUCAUUCUUUAUGUACGUAAGAUUUCUACCAGAAACUACAAUGGUUGCUGGUGAGUAAAAUUGCUUUUGAUUCAUACAAAGCUCGUA